CUUCGACAGCCUGCACGAUGCUCUCCCGCGUCUCCAAGGGCCUGGCGCGGCCCGGCUCGCGCCUGUUGAGCGGCGCGGCAGGCAGCGAGAAGCUGGCGAUGGUCGGCAGCGGCAACUUCGGCUCCGCGCUCGUGCGCAUCCUCGGCCAGAACGCACUGCGCCACGACAUCUUUGACAAUGAGGUCAAGCUGUACGUGUACGAGGAGAUGAUUGAUGGCAAGCCGCUCACCGAGAUUAUUAACGAGACCAACGAGAACGUCAAGUACCUCAAGGGGGCCAAGUUCACGCCGAACGUGAAGGCGGUGCCCGACCUGGCCGAGGCGGUCAAGGGCGCGACGAUGGUCUGCUUCUGCCUGCCGCACCAGUUCCUCAAGCCGCUCAUGCCCACCAUCAAGGAGUC